AUGGGUUCUCUCUCAACAAGCACGCCUCCCUUCGAGGUCCUCACUGAUGCCCGUCCCGAUGACAACUCCCUGCCUGCCUUCUUGGUGUCUACCACCAGAGGCUUCCUCCCUCGUGCAGAUCCCAUUGUCACCCUCCCCAAGGAGUUUGAGCCUCUCGAGUCCAUCCUCCAGCGCAUGCCCGUCAAGACUCUGUCUGGCGAGCCCGGCCUUCUUGCCCAUGGCAAGCUUGGUGAUGAGGUUGACUCCGGUUUCCCCGACCUCACUGAUCACAUGGAUCUCUACAAGGAUAACCUUCCCCUGAUGAAUGCCCUGUACCGAGACUACUCUUUCCUUGCCUCAGCAUACCUCCUCGAGCCUUGCCACCUGCGCUUCCUCAAGGGUGAGAGCUAUGGCUUGGGACGUCAGACUCUUCCCAAGAACAUUGCUCGUCCCAUUGCUCGAUGCGCUGAGCUCACUGGCUUCAUGCCCUUCAUGGAGUAUGCUGGCUCUUAUGCACUCUACAACUACCGUCUGGAGGAUCCCUCCAAGGGGCUGGAGUAUGACAACAUCCGUCUGAUUCGCGCUUUCGAGCACGGUCUCGACCCUACUUCCUCCGAGGCUGGCUUCGUUCUUGUCCACAUUGACAUGGUCAGAAACUCGGGCCCCCUCGUUGCGGCUACAGUCCGCUGUCUGGAGGAAGCCUCCAAGGCUGCUUCCGGCCCCGGCAGUGUCGAGGAGCGCAAGUCUUUCAACGAGGGCCUUUCUGACAUUGUCACUUCUAUGAAGAAGAUCAACGCCGUGAUGGAGACCAUGUGGGGGAAGUCCCGUCCCAGAGACUACACCAGCUUCCGCACCUUCAUCUUUGGCAUCACGGCCCAGUCCAUGUUCCCCAACGGCGUCGUCUACGAAGGCCUCUAUGAUAACAAGCCCAUGUCGUUCCGAGGCGAGUCUGGCGCCAACGACUCCAUGGUGCCCCUCAUGGACAACUUCCUGCAGCUGCCCAUGCCCGAUACGCCUCUGACCGCCAUCCUGAACGACUUCCGUGAGUAUCGUCCCAGCAACCACAAGACCUUCUUGCAGUACGUCAAGGGUCGCUCUCUGGAGCUGGAUCUCAAGACGUAUGCUCUCGGCUACAAGGGCGAGCCCGAGUCAGACGAGGUCAAGGAGCUCCUCCGCCAGUCUCGCAGCCUGUGGAUCCAGAUCCUCAACGAGGUGCGAGACUUCCGCUGGCGCCACUGGUGCUUCGCCAGGGAGUACAUCCUCAAGCAGACAUCUCACCCAACCGCCACUGGCGGCAGCCCCAUUGUCACUUGGCUCCCCAACCAGCUGGAAGCCGUGUUGGCGGAGAUGGUGGACGUGCACGACAGGACCAAGGGCCACCACAAGAACGGCUUAGGCAAGGUGGCCGAGGAGAUUAUGGAGGCGGCACUGCGACAGAGGGAUACCCUGCGGAAGGAGGUUGACAAGUUUGCCGCUGAGAGAGGCGUCGCCAGAGGGUAA